UCGCGCAGACGUGGGAAUACUUUUCAACCAGUGUGUGUUUGCGUUUCAAGUGAAACUGGCUUGGCUUUAUAGAGGUGGUGGUGGGCGGGACUUGCAGCAGUGAAGGCACACUAUUAGCUCCCGAAGGGCUCUUUCACCGGGGAACCCAAUCCCAGCCGACUGCCUCUGCCUCGGGCGGAGUUUGAGGAGACCCGCGGUUAAUUUUAGUUUGUGUUGGUUGGACGGAGAGGAGGAGGAGGAGGAAGAAGAAGAGGACGACGAAGUGGAGGAGGCGACGGCUGUCUUCUUCUUGUUGUUGUUUUUAUUUUUUAUUUUUUAUUAUUUGUCGCCUACCAGCAGGCACGUUUCUUGGGAGCAAACGCAAGCGGGUGUAACUGUCGUCGGCCGGUGUGUCCCGGUUGCGGUUCUACACUGACUUCUAUGGAGGAUAAAUCUGAGUAAUCCUUUAUUGUUGUGCUUUUUGGACCAAUUUAACUUGUAUAGAGCAUUUCACCGGAUACGGUUUGGACUAGUGUCUAAAGCCCGGACAUUGGUCAUCCAGGGAGAUAAAACAUGUCACUGUGUCAACAGCUGGAGCGGAAAACACGCGAUGGAUGUCGGUCAGUCUCCGCUUUGUAGAUAACACAUGGUCUUUAUUCACCGUUCUUGUAUUCAUUCCUUCAUUCACUGGACGGGGAGGUGAACAGACGCUGGCCUGCUGUCAGAGACACUGUGGGAAGAGGAGAACCGGUCACAGCGAUGGAGUCCCCCUACACAGACCCUGGCUGUUAAUGCUUCACAGAUUAAUAAGUUAAGAAGGAAAGCAGGAGAGGCGAAGACAAGAAGCUCUCCCCUAACCCCGGGACGAAUAACACGGCAGGAUGCGUUACCGCCGUUAACUUCCACUCUGAGUGAGUGUGGGCAGUGCCAGCAGUUGGGGACGACCGUUGGCCGUUAAUCCUACGCUGUGUGGGUGCGUGCACGCGCCUCUGUAUGUGGAUGGUGAUGGUGAGAACCGGUUUUUGAUGCGCGAGAAAGUGACGUGCCGCUCUCCUACCUUCCCGCCCUUUGCCACGAGCCUCAAGUCAACUCAGCGAACCAGGCAGCCGGGUCCAGCUUCAUUUCUCUCUCCAUAGCCUCCUCACAAACUCGCCACCUUUACCUACCUUCCCCGUGUUGUUGUUAUUGCUCUUAUUAUUUAUUUGAGCGCGUGUCCCUCACUCUGACUCUCCAAGUCUCGCGGGAUAUAAAGGAAAUAAAAGGGGUGAAUCUAAAAGAGCGGAGGGGAAAAGGAAAGGAAACACACACACACACACGAAAACAGAUUAAGACGAACAGGAGCCGCAUAUAUGAAGAUGCUGAUGUGUGACCGCGGCGUCCAGAUGCUCGUGACGACGGUGGGCGCGUUCGCCGCCUUCAGCCUCAUGACCAUCGCCGUCGGUACCGACUACUGGCUGUACUCGCGCGGGGUGUGCCGCGUGAAGAGCAGCGGCGACAACGACACGAGCCGCAAGAACGAGGAGGUGAUGACGCACUCCGGCCUCUGGCGAACCUGCUGUCUGGAAGGAACCUUCAGAGGUGUGUGUAAGAAAAUUGAUCACUUCCCAGAAGAUGCUGACUAUGAAGCAGACGCAGCUGAAUACCUCCUACGUGCUGUGCGUGCCUCCAGUCUUUUCCCCAUCAUGAGUGUGGGUCUGCUGUUUCUGGGCGGGCUCUGCGUGGCUGCCAGUGAGUUUUACCGAAGCCGACACAACGUCAUCCUCAGCGCAGGAAUCUUCUUCGUCUCAGCAGGCCUCAGUAACAUCAUUGGAAUUAUUGUCUAUAUCUCAGCCAACUCUGGCGACCCAGGCCAGAGUGACAGCAAGAAGUCCUACUCCUAUGGCUGGUCUUUUUACUUCGGCGCCCUCUCCUUCAUUAUGGCGGAAAUGGUGGGUGUGCUGGCUGUGCACAUGUUCAUUGAGAAGCACCGCAAGCUCCGGGCCAAGUCCCGCACUGAGCUCAUCAAGAAGUCCGCCUUUAGCCGCAUCCCCUCCUAUCGCUACCGUUUCCGGCGCCGCUCCAGCGUUCGCUCUUCAGAGGCUCCCAGCCGCGAUGCCUCGCCACUGGGGAAAGGUGGCUACACAGGGCCCGCCGCCUCCGAGAUGCCCAUGUACACGCUGAACCCACGAGAGGCCGGCAAUGCCGGCAGCAAACCUGUUGGCGGCUUAGGCGGGCUGCUUAACUCGGAGAGGGAUUUCCUCCAGAGCAGCACGCUCACUAAAGACUACAGCAAGGACCCCAACCGCAGAACCACACCUGUCUGAGAGGUGCUGGCUACAGAUAUCGCCCCAAUCAGAGUAUCAAAGAGGAGGAGGAUGAGAAAUGUGGGGGGGGAGUGCAAGCAAAAGCAGGGGACACACAGGGUUAUGGGGUGGGAAGGGGGGGUUGCUAAACUUCGACUGUGAACUGUGAACUUUUAGCCUUCGAACUGUGAAUCCUGAGCCCUGUGAGAGUGCGUGCAGCAGGGUUGGUUUUAAUAGAGAAGUUGUUCCCAGCCCCAGCACAUAUCACUGUAGUAAUACUUGUAACUCCUUAUAUAUCAAGGCACAUUCGGUUUAUGUUCAUGAGUUUUAUGUUCAUAAAUUGAUUUUCAGGCUUUUUCCUCACAGGAGAAAUGGGAAUUAGUGGAAAUGUAAAAUAUAUUAAGUGUUUUUUCUGUUUGGGGCAACUUCUCUUUAA